AAAGAAACUUGGGUUUCCCUCUUCUUUUCAUUCAUCUAUUUUAUAUACAAUUACCCAUGGCAGAGAAUACAGAGACACGCCCAGAGACUCCUAGACCAGGUACAUUAGAACAAAUUGCGUUGCAAAUCAAGUCGCUUGAACAACGUACAACUUCUGUUACCCUUCCUCGAAAUGCUUCGGUUUUGCAACUUAAACAUGAAAUUCAAGUUGCUUUUGAUGUCGACUCUAACAGACAGCGCCUUAUCUUUCAAGGCCGUGUAUUAAAAGAUGACAAAAACUUGACAGAUUAUGCUAAUUUGGAUAAUGGAAAGGUUAUUCAUCUAGUCAUUCGACCUAUUGAUGCACCUCAUAAUCCCAUGAAUGACGACCCCAACCCUGGAGCGAAUAUUCGUCAUACAUUCAAUAGAGCUUCGCCGAACGGAAGAUCACGUACAUUUCCAGCUAUAUCUGGCAGAUUCCCAACGAUGGAAGGAUAUGCUUUUAUAACACUUGACUCAAAUUUUGCUGAUCUUGGUGAUAAUCAAUCUUUAUUAUCAUCUGUCUUAAAUGGAUUUACUGGAAAUGGUGCGAAUAGAACCAGAGCUACUACUACAACUACGAACACCAAUAAUGCAGAUAACCAAACCGGAAGAACGUCCUUACCAACACCAGGUAAUCGAGGACCAUUUGGAUUCAGUGUAAGUAGAAAUAGUCUUUCCGAGUUAGCUUCACCUAUUGCGUCUACACCACUUGCUGACCGAGUCGCAGCAGGCCUCCCAUUUCCGCCAAGUGUUGAGGUUAGAUUGGCAAGAACAUUAGGCUCCAUGAGAAACGUGAGAACAAUGUUGGAAGAUUCCGCAAACAAUGAAGAGACUAGUAUUUUCUCUUCUGCGCCCAACUCAACACCUGAACAAUUACAGGAAAUCCGAAACCGACUUCGAACUAGUGGAAAUAAUCAGUCUGCACAAAUCGGUAUGGUUUUGAAUGAGUUAGCAGAUUUGAUGACGGAAGCUGCACCUCGCAUGAGAGAAGUUGCUAACAGCCUGAGACAAGAGAAUCAAACAGGCGAAGAAGAAAGGAAUACCAGUCGACGUGUAUUGAACAUGUCUAGAAUCGUACAGGGCAUGAGCUUGAUCAAUCAUUUUUUGGGCUCGGUUUUGGCAAGCGCUGAUAUCGAUUCGAGACGAACUCCCAUAACAACAACACCACCAAACGCGUCCCCGCGACCACCCACUACAUUACCUUCCUAUAUAUUUCCUCGUGGAAAUACAGAAGCCAUAAGAACUCCUGCACCAAGUGUAGAUACGAGAAAUUCGAACACUGAUACCAAUAAUACUGCAGCUGCAAAACCUAAAUCAACACUCUCAAAUAAUACAACACCUUCAUGCAGCUCUUCUAAUGAUGAACAAAGCUUGAAGCGUAAUAUUGACCAAGUAGAUGAAGAAUCUAGUGAAUCAUCAUCCAACAAAUCUGCGAAGGCUGACAAGGGAAAGGAUAAAAAGGAUUAAUAGAUUUUUUUUUAGUAUUCUCACAGUAUAAAGAGCCCCAACCCCCAUCACCAAUACACAAUUAAUACGUAAAUAGUCACCAUCUUGACUCAAAAUGUUCAUAUACCUUUUUUAAAGUAGUUGUUUUUGCUCUCAUUUCAUCUUUUACAGCUACAUUUUUCAAUAUAAAUCACAACCUAAGCUUACAGAAAGCAACAAAUCAUCUCCC